UCAGGCUCAAAUUCCCCUACUUGAUAUGUGCAUCAAACUUUUGUACCUUUUACUACUAGCGUUUCCCGUGGAGUUGAAGAUAGUUCCUGAUCUGCAAGAGAUGCACGGAUGUCCCGGUUAUGAUUACGAAAUGGACUUCUCCAACGUCCAGUUCGAUUUUGAUGACGAUGGCUACAUAAUCAUCAACGGCAAUUUCACCUUCCUUACGGAUGUUGUGGCCCCCUACCCGGUUUACUUCCACUCGGAACGGAUGGAGCGGGGCGAAUGGAGGCCGACAUUGAUAGAUAAGCCUUUGAGAGAUUUCUGUGCCAGUCUGCUGGAUCCAUUGGAAGUUUGGUAUCCAGUGAUGAAACAAUUGGACCAACUGCAUUGUCCAUUUUCGGCGGGGCAUGUGAUCAAACUGGACAACAUCAAAUACAAGUUCCCUGUUAAAAUUUCGCAUCAAUUUCUCGGAGAUUGGAGAAUCUACAUGGAGCACCGUGACGUCAUGAGAGAUUCGGAGCCUUUAGGGUGUUUGAUGCAGUACUUUACCGUUAUCGAAAUUUGA